GCGCGCCUCGGACCCGCUGUCCCCAGCACCUUUGCCCCGGCCCUUUGCCCUGAAGAUGAAGGUGUGGCUGCUACUUGGUCUUCUGCUCGUGCACGCAGCGCUAGAGGAUGUUACUGGCCAACAGCCUCCCAAGAACAAGAGUCCAAAAGAGCCCGGAGAAAACAGAAUCAAGCCCACCAACAAAAAGGUGAAGCCCAAAAUUCCUAAAACAAAGGACAGGGACACAGCCGAUUCGCCACCGAAGACGCAGUCUAUCAUGAUGCAGAUGAUGGAUAAAGGUCGCUUCCAGAAAGCUGCUGCUACCCUGAGUCUGACGGCUGGGCAAACUCUCGAGCUUCGAUGUAAAGGGAGCAAAAUUGGAUGGAGCUACCCUGCGUACCUGGACACCUUUAAGGACUCCCGCCUCAGCGUGAAGCAGAAUGAGCGCUACGGCCAGCUGACCCUGCUCAACUCCACCGCGGCCGACACUGGCGAGUUCAGCUGCUGGGGGCAGCUCUGCACCGGCUACGUCUGCAGGAAGGACGAGGCCAAAACAGGCUCCACCUACAUCGUUUUUACAGAGAAAGGAGAACUCUUUGUACCUUCUCCCAGUUACUUUGAUGUUGUCUACUUGAACCCAGACAGACAGGCUGUGGUUCCUUGUCGAGUGACCGUCCUAUCAGCCAAAGUCACUCUCCACAGGGAGUUUCCCGCCAAGGAAAUUCCCGCCAAUGGAACAGAUAUUAUUUAUGACAUGAAGCGAGGUUUUGUGUAUCUGCAACCUCAUUCUGACCACCAGGGGGUGGUCUACUGCAAGGCCGAGGCUGGGGGCAAGUCUCAAAUCUCUGUCAAGUAUCAACUCCUUUACGCAGAAGUUCCCAGUGGCCCUCCAUCCACAACCAUUCUGGCAUCUUCCAACAAGGUCAAAAGUGGGGAUGACAUCAGCGUCCUCUGCACUGUCCUAGGGGAGCCUGACGUGGAGGUGGAAUUCAGGUGGAUCUACCCGGGGCAGAAGGAUGAAAGGCCCGUGACGAUUCAAGACACUUGGAGGCUGAUCCACAGAGGACUCGGACACACCACGAGAAUCUCCCAGAGCGUCUUAACAGUUGAAGACUUUGAGACCAUUGACGCGGGGUAUUACAUUUGCACGGCCCAGAAUCUCCGAGGACAGACUACAGUAGCUACCACUGUUGAGUUUUCCUGACUUGGAAAGUGAAGUAUAAUGAACUGAUGGAGAGCCCAUUUGCGCGUGCAACCAGCUUGGGCAUUCUUUUGACUCGUGCUUUGCCAGAGGCUGAUAUCCAGUGCCAAACCCCAGCCCCUGCCUUGUGAGUAAGACCCAGACAUCCAAGCUAACAGGAAGUCAUCCGGUCUAAUAAUAGAAGUGUUAACUCCUCUGACAGAAAGCAUGUCUUUUGAUUGCUUACCUACGUAUAU